UGGUCUUUCACAGUUGGUGACGAGUGUUAUGAAAAUGGCCUCAACCCUGCCCGUGAGCAGCACGGUACACCGGAGAAGAUGACGACGUUGAACACCAAAGUGUCUUCUUUAAACACGUAGAGAAAAGUGAAGUUAAUAGAAACUAACAGACUGUCGACGGAGAAACGUCUAGAAACACCACAGACCGCCGCAUAUCUUCGUGGGGCUUUGAGGAGCCGCUAUGGAGGAUAUCAACUCAAAUAUCAACGCGGACCUGGAGGUGCGGAAGCUGCAGGACUUGGUGAAGAAACUCGAACAGCAGAACGAACAGCUCCGAAGCCGGUCUACGAUGUUGUCCUCGUCCGGAGCCAUGUCAGGGAACCAUAGACCCCUCAGCGCUGGAUACGAGUCUACGUCCCUGUCAGCGGGGAUGGCAGCUGGGCUGGCCGGCUUCCCUGGGGUGGGGUUCGGUGGGCUGCUAGAGAACAACCGCUGUUUGAGCCCCAGACUGUCUUAUGACGGCAUCAGCUUCAGGAGGGCGUAUGAAUAUGAGGGGGCAUCGGCUUCUCCCUCCAUGCCGAGUAUGAACUCACUUUAUUCAGACUCCACAGGGGGAUUUCACGAUGAAGGGGAAACAUCGGUCUUAGACGAAGUGGAAAUCUUAGACCUGGAGGACAUGGAUUGUCUGCAAGAAGACGAGGACAGCUGGCUCUAUGAGGCGAAACUGGACAGUCCUCUGCAGAAAACCCUGAGUCCUAUCGUUUGGUGCCGCCAAGCUCUCGACAACCCGAGUCCUGAGAUGGAGUCAGCCAAGCGCUCCCUCAUCCACAGACUGGAUCUCACCCUGUCAGCCAACAAGCGAAGGAGCCUGUAUGGAAGUCCUUACAACCAGCAAGGUUAUGGAAGUCCUUACAGCACAAACGCAGCCAACAGCCCCUACAGCAGUGGCUUUAACUCCCCCUCCUCAACCCCUAGUAGAGUGCCCAUAGUCAGACAGCAACUCAUGCCUGGGAACGCAGUGCACCAGAGAAACUCAGCAGCAGAGAGGAAUCCUCCUGCGGUGAGCCCUCAGUCUUCAGUGGACAGCGAGCUGAGCACCUCGGAGAUGGACGAGGACUCAGUCGGGUCCUCAAAUACCUACAAACUCAAUGAUGUCACUGACGUUCAGAUACUUGCACGCAUGCAGGAAGAGAGUCUGAGACAGGAUUAUGCUGCAACAGCAUCCAGAAGGAGCUCAGGCUCCUCCUGUCACUCACUGCGGCGCAGCACGUUCAGCGACCAGGAGUUAGACGCACACAGCUUGGAGGAUGAAGAGGAGGCGGUGCAUCCGGCCUUCCACCUACCCUCAAACCGCUUCAGCCCCUCCCCUCGACAUUCUCCCCGCGCCUCCCCCAGGAAUUCACCCCGCUCCCGCUCCCCCGCCCGCUCUAUCGACUACAGCCACAGUCGUGGCUCGCCUCAGCCCAUCAUCAGCCGCCUGCAGCAGCCUCGCCACUCGCUGCAGGGACAAGGCCAUGAUCUGCAAACUAAUGUGGUGAAGAAUGAAGAAAAGCUGCGUCGUAGUCUUCCCAACCUUACUCGCUCCUCGGCAGCGGCAGCUCAGGGUCCAGAGCCCGUCAAGAACAGCCGCAGCUGCGAAUCCAACCUGCAAGUGCAAAACGGAGGCUCUCCUCGACACCAGAACCAGUCUACAACAGCAGCGCAGCUCCCGAGAUACUCAACCCCUUCUCGCUCCUCCCCGAAACCUAAACAGCAUCUCCAAAGCCCAACAGCCCUGCGAGUCCCGCUCUCCUGUUGCUUUGGAGAAGAAGGUGAUUUCAUCCCCUCUCCCAGUAAGCUGCGGACUCCGGCCACCCCGUCCCCGCUGGCCCUGAGGCAGCCUGUAAAGGCGACAUCCAACCCCAACUCUGCCACCUCCACCCCCACCCGCUCCCUAGCUCAACCACGCAGCGGCCUACCCCGCCCCAGUGCUAAUGCAGGAGGGGGGAUCCCUCUGCCCCGCAGCAAACUGGCCCAGCCAGUGCGCAGAUCUCUUCCUGCUCCUCGGACCUACAGCGCCACAGGGGACAACUGGAGAGAAGGUUGUUACUGAAAGGAGCCAGCAGGGGGCUCCCUACUCAAACUAUCAACGCAUCUAAGGAAGCAGACAUUUCAACAUGGCACUUUACCUAGAAACCUUUGACAGUGGAGAAAGAGAGAGAAACUAUGUUCCAAAAAUAAAAUGGAGAUUUUAAAAAAGAGAGGAAGGUGUCCACAUUGUGUCUAAGAGGAACCUCCCAUCGUGUUCCUCUUCGGGGUCCGGCUCUGGAGGGGUCAGGCAUGUAGUGCAGACCAAAAGAUGCCAAAGAAACCAGCCCGACUCCAGCUCGCCCAGCAGAGAACACAUCACCUGCCUUUUGUUUGACUGCAAUCCUCCGUCAGACAGCCCAUAUUUCAUCGCAGACCUUUUCUCCCCACACCUCCCCUUUUCUUCUGUCAUCACCUCCCUCAGGUUGAAAUGUUUCCACACAUUUCUCUCUUUAUGCUCUGUGCUCAACAGAUAGUUGGUGAGUGAUCUCUAUGAUGAUGCUGUGCAGGUGAACGUACCGUAAUGUUAGAGAAUUGUUGAUGUCUCGCAACAGUGAAAGCACCUCUGUGUGGGUAAUGACAUUUAAAAAACAAAAAAAACUUUCCUCUUGUAAAAUCAGCCAGAAUGUAUGCACAAGUUUGUUUUGGAAAUUAUUUAUUCAAAUUAUUUAAAGAAAUGUAUGUCAAAA